UUUUACAGAUGAAUACCGUUAUUCUUACCGUAUUGAAGACGUUCCACUCAUUUUGACUUUCGCGUUUGGAUAGCGUUUGUCCCUUCGCUAGUUCCGUAGCUGCUAACAUUCAAGCUAGCUCGUAGCCGCUGUGAAUUGAAUUAUUGUGCUGUUAUCUUUUUCUUACAAACUACUUUAAAAUGGCCCAGCGCGCCAAAAGCACCUAAAAAGAUCAGCUUUAAGACCACCACCGUGCAAAGUAAGCUUUAUGGACGGGUUGGAGAACAUGGUUUUAAAUCUUUGCCUACCGCACUUCAACACAGAAAUAAGCUCCAACAAGUUGUGUGCAGAUGGCUAUGAUGUCACCAACCUCAUAUCAGCAGACCCUGCUCUCCGGAGGCGGGGCUUCAAGCUGGAGUACUUUCUACGUCCACCCGUGCAGGUGACGUUAAGGUUCGGCUUUAAGGUGGAGCUGUGCAGGGUGGAUGUGGAGUUGUGGCCCUGGGGCAUGGAUCUUGGGCAGACCAGCAAGAGACUGGAGAUCAGCACCACUUCCGAUCUGCUUCCUCCUCAGAAUUUUAGCCAAGCCAGGGGGCAAGACCAGGUUAAGACACAUGUACAGAUGGAGAAGGAGGAAAAUGGAAAGCAGGGCAAUCAAGAUGGCAAGUUUAACGGCCACCUGUGGAGUAUCCAGGCUCAAGCAUGGGGUGAGGAGUCCCAACAAAGGGGCCACAUGUACAAACAAGACACCAAAAGUCAUUCUCAAUCAGACACUCGGUUUAACAAUCCUGAGCAUGACUUUAAACUAGUUGGCCGUUGUGAACUCAAGGAGGAAACCAAAGUUUGCUUCUCCCAUUCUGCAUUUCGUCCUCGGCCUCCCUUCGUCUGUCUUCCUCCCCCUCCUCUUCAACCAGACAACUGCCGCAGAGAAGCUCUAUGGAGUCGAGGCCACCUUUCUUUGAGCUCUGUCUCACAGCUUCGUGUGACUUUGCCUUUUGGCGGGGCUGCAUCCGCCCUUGGCCUCAAGGCUUUGGCGGUGUGGGGGCAACCGGCUCGUUGCUGCCCUCCAGAGGAAGUCGAGAAGAUUAAUCGCGUCCACAGGGCCAGUCGAAGGCCACUACCUCGACCCGUUGCUUCUGUCAGUCACACAGAACAGCCCCAGCAAGACACACCUUCAAGCACUCUCUCAACCCCAGAGGAGUUUCUUGACCCCAUAACCCAGGAGGUAAUGACACUGCCCAUGCUCCUCCCGAGCGGCGUCUCAGUGGACAGCACCACCCUUGAGGAGCACCAGAAGAGGGAGGCCUCCUGGGGGCGACCCGCAAGCGACCCAUUCACCGGCGUCCCGUUCACCGCCGCCUCCCAGCCUCUGCCCAAUCCCCAGUUGAAAAGCCGCAUCGACCAUUUCCUCCUGCGAAAUGGAAACGCGAAGAGGGAUGGGACUUUAGGGAGACGGAGGGAGGCGGAGAAGCCACAACCCUCCAGGUUGAUAGGCCUGCAUCCUCAUGAACGCUCUGUGAUGAUAACAAACAGACAAGUAGAGGAAUCUGGACAGUCAUCAGAUUGCAGAAAUAUUGAUGGAGGGAAGAAGCGACAACUGAGUGGAUCAGAACCAUCAACAGCUGAGCAACUACAUCAAACAAAAAUACCAAGAAAUGACACAUCAUCAGGGCAGAGAAGCAGCAGCUCACAUGAACAACGUCUGUCAGCCAGCCUGGAUGACGCCCUCUCCUCCGUCCUAAAGGGACGACCCUCUUUUACCUCAAACUUAUUUUUGCAGGGACGUGCCCCUCCUGUCUCUGAGUCACCGCACACUGCCGCUCUAACUAUGCCAGGUGAUGAUAGGACGUGCGCAUCUUGUUCCUCAGUGCUGUCUCUUUACUCCGUGCCUUCAUCGCCCGUUUAUCGCCUGCUCUGCGGUCAUGUGUUGUGCCGCACCUGCCUACAAAGAGACUCACCACUGUUGAGCUCUGUCGCCACAUCGCCCACUGGCAUCCACUGCCCUACCUGCCAACGCCCUACGUCUCGCAGCGACAUCAUACGCGUGCAUCACUAGCCUGCCCGGAGACGGCGCAAAGAAACAAGCUGUUCUCAAGGUGAAGUGAGGGACUUGCAGCCUUGGUUUCGAUGGUUUGUGGACACAAAAAGAGAAAGCUGAGCACAGUGUGCAUCCAGCAUGGAAUAAAGGAGGAAAGGUUCUAUGAUCUUUCGUCUGACCUGACCAUGUAACACUGCAACCUCUCCUUUGGACAUACAAUACAAUCCAUACAAUAAAUGCAGAAGUAAAAUGUAACAUCAGCAAGUGUAAGGCCCAUAUUUGUAUUUUUUUUUAGUGACAAAGUCACUCAGACUCUUGAAAAGACCGUCUUUUUUUAUUUUUUAUGGUGGUUUCCGUGACGACAAGUGUAAAUCAAGGUCAUGAUCCUGUAUCCGCUCCGUAAGAGCUGCAUGCAAAAUAGCCACAGAUGCAACCUUAGUUUCACUCUGCAGCAGGGGAGUCCAAACUUUUUCCACCGAGUGCUGCAUACUGAAAAAUCAAAGGAUGCUGGGGGCCACUUUUACAUUUUUUUUAACCAACCCAUGCAGAUAUGCCGAGAUGUUUUUGUUUUUUUAUAUUUAAAGAAAUAACAGCCUGCGUCUCAGCUUUGUGUAUAAAGGGUAUUAUUGGUAUUAACGUUUCAUCCUUUUUUGCCCAUUUUUUCCUGUUUUUUUUAACAAAUAUUUUGACUUUCUCAUUGUACAUUUUUUCUCAUAAUAUCAUGCAUUUAUUCCCCUAAUAUUUUGACUUGAUCAUAAUAUUACUUUUUCCUGACCUAAUUCCAUUUAUCGCAGCAAGUCUUCCAGGUCCUGAAGCAGCAAAACAGCCCCAUACCAUCACACUACCACCACCAUAUUUGACUGUUGGUAUGACUUUUUUUUCUGAAAUGCGGUGUUACUUUUAUGCCAGAUAUAAUGGGACACACACAUUCCAAAAAGUUAAACUUUUGUCAGAUCACAGAGUAUUUUCCCAAAGGUCUUGGGGAUCAUUAAGAUGUUUUUUGGCAAAAUUGAGAUGGGCCUUAAUGUUCUUUUUGUUCAUCAGUGGUUUUUCUCUUGGAACUCUGCUAUGCAGGCCGUUUUUGCCCAGUAUCUUUCUUAUGGUGGAGUCAUGAACACUGACUUUAAUUGAGGCAAGUGAGGCUUGUAGUUUUUUGGAUGUUGUUGUGGGGUCUUUUGUGACCUCUUGGAUGAGUCAUCGCUGCGCUCUUGGGGUCGUUUUGGUUGGCCGACCACUCCUGGGAAGAUUCACCACUGUUCCAUGUGUUCGCCGUUUGUGGAUAAUGGCUCUCACUGUGGUUCUCUGGAGUCCCAAAGCUUUAGAAAUAGCUUUAUCACCUUUUCCAGACUGAUAGAUCUCAAUUAAUCUCAGUUAUGUUUUAACGAAGGGUGGCAAUCCCCUCUUCUCACACUGGGUCAUGUAGGUUUGAAUUUUUUUUUCUCCCUUAAUAAUAAAAAGUUUUUUUUAAAAACUGCGUUUUGUGUUCAGCUGUGUUGUCAUUGACUAAUAUUUAAAUUUGUUUGAUGAUCUGAAACAUUUA